CAGGGGGAUUCGAUUUUGCGACGUUAACGCAAAACGACCCACAACAACAUGGACGAAGACGCUAGGGAUGUUAGCAACGGCAAAGAGCACCAGAAAGGUGGGCCCACUGUAGACCAAAACGGUAAGCAAGAGGACAUCUCUGGAUGGCUGAUGAAGAGGAAUAAGUUGACGAGACAGUGGAGACGGCAGUGGUUCCACCUGAAGGGCUGCGACUUGCAGUACGGAGACUCGGCCGAGAAGCUCAGUAAAACCAUCCCACUGACAGGAGCUCAGAUUAAAGAAGCCAAUGUCGGAAAGCCUCACGCCUUCUCGGUGAAACCGCGGGACAGCGACAGAGUGUACCUGUUCCACGCGGACAGCGAGCAAGAACAGCGCCAGUGGGUGGAGGCCAUCUGCUUAGCACGAAUGUCUGGCACUGACGGGGACCAAUCACAAGCCUGCGUCAUACAGUGACUGGGGCUUUAGGUGUGACAGUGCGAUUUUUGGGUGGAAAUACAUUCCAACAUGAACUUAUGGCUGUGGUUAGCCUGAUAAGAUUGCCACUUCUAGUGGCCUUCGGAAUGAAUGGGAUAGCUUGGACCAAUGUCCCAUCUGACUCUCCUUGUCAAGUUCAUUGUUUUAUCAAGUCAUUUUUGAAAAUUUUACAGAGGUGAAAAUAUUGUGUUAGGUGACACCAGAACUCAAAUGCAGUCUACUGAAAUUGAGAACAAGUAACACUCAUUGAUAUUGAUGAGUCCUCUGGCAAAUAUUGUUAUUACUGCAGAAAACUGCAGUUCAGCAAUUAAUUUUAUGAUUGAAUACGACAGUGUUAUUUUUGCCCCACUGUAGCAUGUUUUUUGUUUUGUUUUUUUUACAUUGCAGACUAAAAAUUCGAGGAAAAGGAGUCAGCUUUAGACACAAGAAAGGAUAUCUUGAUACCUUGAAUCAAUGCCUUCCAUUGAAUAAAAACUACCAAAGCUAUUUCAAGAUACCAGUAGGUUCUGGCAUCAUCUACCCUGUGACUGGGGAAAUGUGUUUCCUAACCACAGUCAAAGCUUGUGAACUGCUGCAAGUGUUAUGAUAAACUGAUUAGGAGACUGAUUUGAUACUACAUGUAGUAGCUUUUAUGAUCAUGAUGUUUGUAAGAAAUGCUCUGUUGUCAUUUUGAUGUGAAGUAGGUAGAGUUACCGGUAGAUUUGUCUGAGGAACAUACUGAUUGUUCUCAGUGUUGACAUUUAUUUAGAGGUCACCAAAAAGGUUAAAGAGAAACUUCCCUGUUCCGACAAUCAACAAUUGUUUUAGUUCUUUUGUAGUCCAUGUUAUGUACAUGUAUAGAUAUGUGUAUAGAUUGAAGUGUCAAACACACAAAAAUUCAUUAAGAAUUUAUUUAAUCAAUUUAGACUCAAAUCAGGAGAUGGUUACAAUAUCUUAAUUGACAAUUGAAUGUUCAGUAGUGUAAGCACAGACAUGACUUCUCAUAAUAUUCCAAGAUCAAUGUGAAUAUGUAUUAAAUUCUAUUUUCAAUAAGUCAAAUAAACACCUGUACCUGUUUGACAACAAAAUGCUCAAGCAUAGAAGA